UGGGCAGUCUUUGCACCAACAACAAUCCCCUACAACUGCCUGGGAUCACUGGGGUCCUUCACUAAAUCUUUGGUAGAAAAUCAUAGCCUGCUUCUGAAAACUGGGUAUUUGAUUGCCUGGCUAAUUCAUAUAGGGGAAGCUUUCUAUGCUCUCAAGCUAUGCAAGUAAGUUAUUUUCAUGUCUGUCUUUUUCUGGACUCGCUUUUACAUCCCCUGCUUUCUCGCUUGCAUAAAGAGCUGAUGAAGUGAUAAACCUGUGCCUUACCUGAAAUACCAGUUAUUUCAGCGUGCAGUUUUUCUUUUGCAUCUGCUGGGAGCAGGGCAGGCAGGGAAGUGUGCUUUCAGAAAGAAUUAGAAUUUAGCCUCCUGUUUGUGAGAAUUUAGCCUGAACAAAAUCUCUGGGCCGACUGACAUCAGAGCUGUCAUUAGCCUUAUUGCUUACCAAACCAAAGCAGAUGAUAAUGUGCCAAAAACAGCAUGUAGAGAAAAUAAUGAACUGAUUAAC